AUGUUUGCUGCGCUGGCCACCGGGCAGGCUUCGGAGCGCAGAGAGUACGUUUGUGACGCUGCUUGUGGUACCGUUGAGCAUUUCCUCAACGGGGUCACAACUGUGGAUCCCGCAACCAAUCUGUCGUGCGGGGAGCCGCCGCUCGACUUUGGCACAGCAGAGAAGGUCGUUAUUGGAGUAACGCUGACCGUGAUCACAACAGUGACUGUGGUGGGGAACACGCUGGUGGUGAUCGCGGUCUGCGUUGUGAAGAAACUUCGACAGCCCUCAAACUACCUGCUCGUGUCGCUGGCGGUGGCGGAUCUUUCAGUGGCUCUCAUGGUCAUGCCGUUUGUAAUCGUGACGGACCUGACCGGGGGCAAGUGGCUCUUCGGGGAAGUAUUCUGCAACAUCUUCAUUGGCAUGGACGUCAUGUGCUGUACCGCAUCCAUUAUGACCCUGUGCGUGAUCAGCGUGGACAGAUACCUGGGCAUCACGCGACCCCUGACCUACCCCGCCCGACAGAGCGGGCGGCUGAUGGCCAAGAUGAUCGCAGGCGUGUGGGUGGUGUCGGCCUCCAUCACCCUGCCGCCCUUCUGUGGGUGGGCGGAGAACGUCAACGCGGAGGGGGUGUGUCUGAUCAGCCAGGAUGUGGGCUACACCCUGUACUCCACCACCCUGGCGUUCUACAUCCCCAUGGCCGUCAUGCUCAUCAUGUACUACAACAUAUUCCGGGCCGCACGCAAAAGCAAGGCCAGGCACCGCCCCUGCAUCACCCUGGAGGCGGAGUCAGGGGAGGGGCUGCGGUCGCGGGGCCGGAGGCCCGGAGGUGUGUCCAUCUUCGGGCGGGAGCAGAAGGCAGCAGCCACGCUGGGCGUCAUCGUGGGCGUGUUCUCGGUCUGUUGGCUGCCCUUCUUUGCCCUGACGACCGCCCGGCCCUUUCUGUGUGGCGGGUGUGGAGAUUGCGCCCCCGUGUGGCUGGCACGCACACUGCUAUGGCUGGGCUAUGCCAACUCACUCAUUAACCCUUUCAUCUACGCCUUCUUCAACCGCGAUCUGCGCGCCACCUACAGAGACCUGCUGCGCUGCCGCUGCCACAACAUCAACCGCCGCCUCUCCGCCGCGGGCGUGCACGAUGCCGCCUCUCCACCGCGGGUGUGUGUGGUGUUCAAGUGA